AUGUCUGUGGAAACAAAUUCAAACAAAACAAUUAAAACCGAACCGAUCGAUGAUUAUCCUCAAGUGAAACAGGAAUUUGAUGAUUGUAAAAAUACAUUAGAUUUGUAUAUGGAUGAUGAUAUAUGUCGGCAGCAAUUUCUAAAAUCUGAGGUUACAAUUGACGAGGAAAUCAAACUAGAGACAAUUGACGACCAAGACGAUGUGACUAGUACAAACAAAACUGUAUUAGAUGAAAGUUCUUAUAUAUGUUGUGAAGAGAUCAGUGAAUCAAGUAAUUUAGUAGAUAGCACGAACAAAUCAUUUGAAGAAAUUUCAGGAAAAAGUGAAACAACUAAUAAAUUGAAACUGUAUACAUGUGAAAUAUGCCAUAAAACAUUUACAGCAAAACGUAACUUAAACCAACAUAAAAUUAUACACUCUGGGGAACUGCCUCAUGAGUGCAAAAUAUGCAAUAAAAGAUUUUUACGGUCAAGUACUUUAACACAGCAUUUAUCAGUGCAUACUGAAGAACGACCUUAUGCAUGUGAAAUAUGUAAUAAAACAUUCAGAACAAAACCUAUAUUAAUGCAACAUAAAACAGUUCAUACUGGAGAACGUCCUUAUGUAACAAAACUUAUAUUAAGGCAACAUAAAACAGUUCAUACUGGAGAAUGCCGUAAUGAGUGCAAAAUAUGCAAUAAAACAUUUUCACAGUCAAGUAGUUUAAAAAGGCAUUUAUCAGUGCAUACUGAAGAACGACCUUACGCAUGUGAAAUAUGUAAUAAAACAUUCAGAACAAAACGUAUAUUAAUGCGACAUAAAACAGUUCAUACUGGAGAACGCCGUAAUGAGUGCAAAAUAUGCAAUAAAACAUUUUCACAUUCAGCUAAUUUAAUAAGGCAUUUAUCAGUGCAUAGUGAAGAACGACCUUAUGCAUGUGACAUAUGCAAUAAAAGAUACAAAACAAAACCUAAUUUAUAUCAACAUAAAAUUGUACAUACUGGAAAACGGCCGUAUGAGUGCAAAAAUGCAAUAAAAGAUUUUACAACUUCUCAAAUUUUAAGAACUCAUCACCAGUUUGUUUAUUAUAACCUACAAACUUCAAACAUGUCUGAAGAAACAAAUUCAAACAAAACAAUUAAAACCGAACCGAUCGAUGAUUAUCCUCAAGUGAAACAGGAAUUUGAUAAUUAUGACAAUACAUCAGAUUUAUAUAUGGAUGAUGAUAUAUGUCUGCAGCAAUUUCUUAAAUCUGAGGUUACAAUUGACGAGGAAAUAAAACAAGAGACGAUUGAUGACCAAGAUGACAUAACUAGUACAAACAAAGCAGUUUUAGAUGAAAAUUCUUCCAUAUGUAACGACGAGAUCAGUGAAUCAAGUAUGAUAGUCAAUAGUGCAAACAAAUCAUUUAAAAAAGUUUCAGGAAAACGUAAGACAACUAGUAAGUUGAAAUAUAAAUGUAAAUCAUGCAGUAAAACAUUUGUAGCAAAACAAGGCUUAGACCGACAUGAAAUAGUACAUACUGGAGAACGGCCUCAUGAGUGCGAAAUAUGCAAUAAAAGAUUUGCACUGCUAUGUAAUUUAAGAAAGCAUUCAUCAGUGCAUAGUGAAGAACGUGCUUAUGAUUGUGAAAUGUGCAAUAAAAAAUUCAAAAGAAAAGAAACAUUAACUCAACAUGAAAUAGUACAUACUGGAGAACGCUGUCAUGAGUGUAAUAUAUGCAAUAAAAGAUUUGCACUGAUAAGUAAUUUAAGAAAGCAUUUAUCAGUGCAUACAGGAGAACGUCCUUAUAUUUGUGAAAUAUGUAAUGAAAAAUUCAGAUUGAAAGAAUACUUAAACCAGCAUAAACUGGUCCAUACUGGAGUACGCCCUCAUGAGUGCGUAAUAUGCAAAAAAACAUUUUUAGUGUUAAGUCAUUUAAAAAGACAUAUAUUAAUGCAUAAUGAAGAACGUGCUUAUGAUUGUGAAAUGUGCAAUAAAAAAUUCAAAAGAAAACAAGCAUUAACUGAACAUAAAAUAGUACAUACUGGAGAACGGCCUCAUGAGUGCAAAAUAUGCAAUAAAAGAUUUUCAAUGGCAAGUUCUUUAAGACGGCAUUUGUCACUGCAUAUUGAAGAACAUCCUUAUGAAUGCAAGACAUGCAAUAAAACAUUCAAAACUAAACAUUUAUUAAGGCAACAUGAAAGAAGACAUAUUAGAGAACAAACUGUAAAAAACAGUCAACAAAUUAGUUGA